AUGAGGUCAAUUUAUGAUUUUACUGGAAUGUAUUUCCGUUCUUUCAUAAACCGCAAGAUAAACAUAAACACUAAAAUUUAUGACCCGUUUUUUUCAAUUAAGGGUAAAAUUGAUCUUUGUAAUCGCAACUUUAGCAGUGGUAAAAAUUUUGAGCUGAACAAUACGUGGAAGAACUAUAGGGAAUCAUCACGUAGGUUGUUGUCAUCAUCGUCCGCCCCUUCUAAAUACGCAUAUGACCCGAACUCACUGACCACACUACCGAGACCAUACGAAUCUCACCUAAAGGAAGACGUGAAGUUUCGUAACUGUUUGGGACUAAAUCCUCUAUUCACACAUUAUGUAAACCCAGUGUCAAUAGUUAAAUUCACAGCAAAAUACCUUCUAAGCUACAGAUUCUUCUUUAUUUAUAUGGCCAGAACAACAUUUCAAGCAGCGAGACCGUUGUUAGCAUUUUGUGUAUUCGGUGAGAUUAUGAAGUUGGUACUGGCAAACCUUAGUGGAGGGGUACCGGCAUAUUUAUUUUCGUUUGUUUUGGCAUUUGAAGUCUUCUAUUUCUUCCUACAGCUGUAUAUUUCCUACACGUUCCUAAUGAUGUUCUUCACCGUCAUGUUCUAA